AUGCGUUCGUCAACCGUUUUCCUGGCGACUUUCGCCGCCUCCGCCUCCGCCUAUAGUGCGAACCAACGUACCUUCGCGGUCAACCAUUUCUAUGGCAACGGUCCUUUGAUGAUGGGCCGUGUGGAUCCCAUCAUCAGCCCAGGUGGUCCCUCAGGUCACGUCCACGCCAUUCAAGGAGGAAACGCGUUCGGCAUGACCAUGACCGAUACCCAGGCUCUGACCUCCACCUGUACCUCGUCCCUCGUGAAGAACGAUAAGAGCAACUACUGGACUCCUUCCCUGUACUUCCAAGACCCAACGACCGGUCUCCUCGAGGACGUUGAGAUGUUUUACAUGAACGUCUACUAUUUCUUUGAGGCUACCACUGAUGUUAUUGAGCCUUUCCCACCCGGACUUCGCAUGGUCGUGGGCAACCCCAGUCUCCGAUCUCCUCCUGCCACUGGUGGUGAGAGCAUCACGGACCAAUCGGAUGGACCUAUUCAACCUGUGCAAUGGGUCUGCCCGCGAUCAAACACCAACACCCCGCUGUAUCCCGCCAACUCGGAUGGCCUUCACGGUGUUGGUAUUGGAGACCCAAACAAUCAGGGUGCAGGUGUUGGAUUCUCUGACAAGAACUGCGAUGGUUACGCCUCACCUCUCCGUGCCGAUAUUCACUUCCCUUCGUGCCUCGACAACUCGAAAAACAUCGACGACUACAAGAACAACAUGGCCUGGCCUAUCAAUGGCAACUGCCCUCCCGGCUUCACUCAUCUCCCUCACCUCUUCUACGAAGUCUACUGGAAUACCCCCUUGUUCGCCAGCAGAUGGACUCAAGGCCAAGGCAAGCAGCCAUUUGUUCUUUCCCACGGUGACCCCACCGGCUAUGGGAUCCACGGCGAUUUCCUCGCUGGCUGGGAUACCGCAACCUUGACCCAAAUCAUCAACAACUGCGAUGCCGGAGACGCAGGAAUGGACAAGUGCCCCGGUCUCAUCGGUGGACUCAAUGACCCAUCAACUUCUUGCAAUCUCGUCAGCCCUGUCAAUGAGGUUAUCAGUGGUACGAUGUCCAAGCUCCCGGGUAACAACCCGAUCGGCGCUUGGGGUGUCCCCGUUGGUGGCGCUCCUGCUGCCUCUGUCUCUGCUCCUGCUGCCUCUGCUCCUGUUGCGACGUACCCCGCCAGUGCUGGAACACAACCAGCCUCGAGCGCAGCUCCCGGUAACGGAAAGCCAACCACUUCUCCUGCUGGUGUCGUUACUGGUGUGAAGUCGGGGCCUACCUUGACUUCUGAACCCGGAAAGGUUGCUGUCCCAGCCACUACCAAAGGAGCAGGUGGCAACACUCUCGUCACCUCAUAUGUCUCCGAGACCACCAUGGUCUACACUACUGUGACCGUUCCCGGCACUGCGCCAACCGACGCAGCCAAGCCCGAUGUCGAUGGCUGGAAGUACUAUGGUUGCUACCAAGACACUCGCGCUCGUGUCCUCAGCGGCAUCAAGCUUGCCAACAUCGGCAACCACCAAGUCACCAACACCAAGUGUGUGGCUUAUUGCGGUUCCAAAGGAUUCUCCAUGACCGGCACCGAGUAUGGUGGCCAAUGCUUUUGCGGUAAUGAACUGGUUGGUUCCAGCAAGAUCGCCGAGUCGGAAUGCGAUAUGCCUUGCGAAGGCGACGCCACCGAGACUUGCGGUGGAGGAAUGGCAUUGAGCGUUUACACCAGUAACUCAACAACAGCCAAGAGAUCACUCCGACACAUGCACCGCCACCUCAACCACCUCUUUUCCUAA